AUGUUAGGCAAAAAAUAGAGUUCAUGUGUUGGCUUCAAUCCAUUUAGUAAAUUUACAAAAGAAAAGCCAAGUAUAAGUACGAAAAUCAUCAACAAAUUGAAAAGCUUGUUUUAGGUCAAUUUAAACCCUUCUUCUUGUAUACAGAGGGAACUUAUAUCUUAAUAGACAAUAUAUGUUCCUGUAAAUUCGGAAAUAGUUGGAGCUUAAAUAAUAGAGCAAGGUAUCUUUAAUUUACAUUAUAGAUUCCAUAAAAAUAUGCCAUUCACAGAGCAGCUAAAGAUAAAGAAGAAAUAAAAUUACGAGCUUUGAUGAUCAUUUGAAAGAAUAACAAAGUCAAAAAGAACAGUAAAGCGAAAUAUCCUCAAAAGUUUAACAAAAAGAGGAAAAAGAGUUGAGAAAGCUCAAUAGUAAAUAUAAAACAUAUUAAGAAUUAGCCUUUAAAAAAAGUUUCGAUCCUGUUUUGCCUGAGGACAUUGAAGAUUCCGAGAGGAAAGAGAAGAAGGUCACUCAUCCACGUCGAAAGUUGAGUUCUCAACAAUAUAAAAAAAGAAAACUUGAUGGUAUGAUUUUGAAAUAAUGUUAGAGAAAAAGAAAUCAGUAGGCAUUAAAUUUAUAAACAAGAAACAUGUAUACGAUAGCAUAAAUGAGAGUAGAAUCUAAGAAGUUUAAGAAUAAAUAAGCGAUGAUUCACUUAAAAACAAUAGUCUUCUUGUAGGCGGGUUAAAAGAGGAGCCAUAAGUUAAAGAAAUAACUAUAGUUUAAUUAAAUGAUACAAAGCCUAAAUAGCAUGACCCACCAAUGUUGACAAUUAAUGAAAUAAUAGAACAUCAAUCUAAAGGCUUAAAGAAAUCCCAAUCCAUGAUUAAUUUGAAUGAAUAGGAAGUAAAGUCCUUUUCUUGCAGUCCUAAAAAAAUUGAAAAUUCACAAUCCCGAAAACAGUCUGAUGUGAUAAAUAAAAUUAAUGAGCCUAAAAAAUCUGAACCAUAAAAAGACGAAGUAAUUCAAUAAAAAGAAGAGAAAAAAUAAGAUGAAAAAUAAACAGAAUCGUAAGUGCAACCACAACAAAGUGUUAUUGAUUUUCUAGUAUAAGGACCUGCCAAAUAAGAGAAACCCUAAACAUCCUAAUUAAAUUUAAUUAAUAAAGUAACCAUUGACGAAAAGAAACCUUUUGAAUAAUAAGAAAAAAAUAUCAUUAACUUUUCAGACACUCCUUUGUUUGGACUUGCAAAGUCUAGUGAAGGCGGACAAAUUCUUGCUAAUAAAAUCAAUGUCUAAUCAUCCUUAUUCGCAUCUUAUGAUUCAAAGGAGUUGAAUCAAUAAUAAUCAUCUCAUUAAAGUUCAGGCUAAAACUUGUAAUAAAACUAGUUCACCUUCUAAAAUAAACUGAAUGUUAAUGAAAUUCAACAAUAGCCUUCAAUCUCUGAAUCUUCAAGUUCAAAUGUAAAUAAUAAAAAAGAUUCCAUUGAUUAGUAGCCAAAAAUAGAAGAAAAUAAGCAAAGCUUUAGUCUCUUCAACAAUAUAUCUGGAAAUUAAAUCGAUUAAUUGAAUACAAACGAUUAAUUCCCUCAUAAGAAACAACUUUUCUUCUAAAAUUUAGGCAAUGUAGUUCAAUCUACAUAAGGAGAAUAAAAAGGAGAUAGCAAAUAGGAUUAAACAGAUGAGAUUACCUAGAUACAAAAAAAACCAGAAGAAUAAAAAUCGGGACUUUUGUUCUAAGAUUUAAAUUUUCAAAUUCCAAAUGUCAAAAACUAAACAGAAAAAAAUAGUGUAACAACAACCUAAAAGGAACCAGAACAGCCUACUUAACCGUUCCUGUCUUUGUUCAAUCUAAACCAAAAUGAUAAAAAUAAUAAGGAAAAACCAUCCACUGGUUUAUUUAAUGAUCUAUUCAUUAAGUAAACUGACAAAGAUAAACCAAAAUAAGAAGCAAAUGGUGAAGAGAAACCUCAAUUCUUAGGUAAUAUUCUUAGUAAGUAAAUAAAUCCAAUUCAGGAAAAUAAGGAUGUAACAAACCCUCCUCUUUCAGCACCAUCAUUAUUUGGAGGAGAUAAUAUUCUUAUUUUAGGAAAUAAAAAUAAUACUAUAGAUACUCCAACAAACUAGGAUUGCAAAUAAUAGUAAUAAUAAAUUAAUUCUGCUAAACUGGAUAUCUAAACACCAGUACCGAAUUCUAUCGGGUUGAAUUGUUAAUGGAAAUCGUCAUCUGAUGAUCACAAAAACAAUUAAUUUAAUAUCACUAGUGAACCAAAACAAUAAUUAAAGUAAUCUCCUUUCGCAUUUUUGCAAGAACAACGAUUAAGUGACAAUAGUAAAUCUGAGAAUUUGUCUUCUGAUCCUAUUAAAAAAUUAGCAGAAACCCCAGUAAAGCCUAUUGAGAAUCCCUUUUUAUAAUAAUCACCCAAAAUUGAUCAAGAACAAAUAAACUCCUACUUUUCAAAUCAGUCUUAAUAGAGUAGAAAUCAUUAGGAUGAACAUAAUAAAAUUUAGACAUCUCAAUUUAAAAUUGAUGAUCUAUUUAAAUAAUAAAAUAAUGGGCCUUCCAUGUUUACUUAACCAUCAUAUCCUCAACAAUAACCAUAAUAAUAACUACAACCACAACCACUACCACAACCUGUAUAACCAUCGCUUUUUUUCCCAAAUUCAAUCCCCUAAUAAAAUCAACAAAAUUCAUUUUUUUAAUUAACAAAUAAUAAUAACAUGAUGAAUACUAACAUGAUGAGUAACAACAUUAUGAAUAGUAAUAAUAUGAUGAAUAACAUGAUGAGUAAUAAUCAUAUGAUGAAUAACAAUGGCAUGAAUUAUGAAAUGGAAUUUCCUGAAGCUCCAUAAGGUCCUCCAUAAUUAUUACUUGCUCAAUAGUAAUCAUAACAGUAGACUUCAUUUUCAUCAUAUCUAUAACCUUAACUUGGAGCACUUGGUUUCCCCUCCUAAAUGCAAUAGUAAAUAUCUGGUCCUUUUCCAGCAGCUUCAUUAUUUUAAAACAAAAACCAAAGUACUGAUAUAGGAAAUAAUUUAUUUUAUCCUUCUAAUCAUACUAAUGGUAUAAAAAAUGUAUUAUUUUAAGGUCUAUUCUCCCAUGAUCAACAAAAACCGCAAAGUUUAAACAGUAGCUUCACGAGUAAGAAUGGCCAAAAAAAUAAAAAAUAAAGAGUUUGA